AUGCCGUUUGGAUUGUGCAAUGCUCCAGCAACGUUUGAAAGGUUGAUGGAGCUUGUACUUACCGGGCUAAUUGGAGAUGCCUGUCUGGUCUAUUUGGAUGACAUCAUCAUCGUAGGCCGUACGUUUGAGGAACACCUUCAAAACCUGGAACGUGUGCUCACAAAGAUCCAGAGUGCCAACCUCAAGUUGAGUCCGAAGAAGUGCUCACUAUUCAAACGGCAAGUUAGUUUUUUGGGGUAUGUAGUGUCGGAAGAAGAUAUCCGCACGGAUCCAGAGAAAAUUGCCGCUGUCAAGGAGUGGCCGGUUCCAAAAGACAAGACGCAGGUUAGAGCAUUUUUGGGUUUGUGCUCUUAUUAUCGGCGAUUUGUGAAGAACUUUGCAGAUAUAGCCAAACCUCUGCACAAGCUAACCGAGGAGAAGCGACAUUUCUGCUGGGAUGAAAGUUGCGAUAUUGCAUUCCAGGAGCUCAAGAACCGUCUGUGCAAAACGCCUAUUUUGGGGUACCCUGAUGCGGGCAAGGAAUUCAUAGUUGACACAGACGCAAGUGAUAUAGGACUUGACGGUGUGUUGUCUCAACGGAAUGGUGAUCAAGAGAUUGUGAUAGCGUACUUCAGCAAGUCGUUGUCAAAGCCGGAAAGGAACUAUUGUGUCACAAGACGGGAAUUGCUUGCUGUGGUAAAGUCCUUGCAGCAUUUUAGCAAAUAUCUCCUGGGGCGGAAAUUCUACUUACGAACUGACCAUGCUGCACUGAAAUGGCUAUUGCACUUCAAAAAUCCGGAAGGACAAGUUGCGAGAUGGAUUGAACUACUACAGGAAUACGACUUUGUGAUCGAACAUCGCAACGGGAAAUCUCAUGGCAAUGCAGAUGCAUUAUCAAGAAGACCUUGCCCUGAAGAUUGCAAGCAUUGUACUAGGCAAGAGGGUAAAGAAGUGGUAUCUGCGAGGAUAUUCAGGACAGACCAGCUCAGCAAUGAAUGGAAGGACAGCCUACAACAUGCACAGCAGGAAGAUUCGGACAUUAAGCCGAUUCUGGAAUGGAUGAAGGCCAGUGCUCCUAAGCCCAAGUGGAGCGACGUCUCAGCAAUGAGUUCGACCACGAAAAGCUAUUGGGCCAAAUGGGACAGCUUGCUGAUUCAGGAUGGAGUCCUGUGCCGCAAAUGGGAAAAUGGUCGGGGAGACAGGUGUCAUUUGCAAAUGGUUGUCCCUAAGGCUAAAAUGCCGGAUGUUCUACAGCUGUACCAUAGUGGUUGUUCAGGAGGCCACCUGGGAGUUAAACGAACUCUCCGGAAGAUCCGAGAACGGUUUUACUGGGUCCACUGUCGUGACGAUGUCGAGGACUGGUGCCGCAAAUGUACAGUUGUGCGGCUGUAA